AAGAGGCGGGAGCUCGUGCGCGCGACCGGAAAAAGGAAGACGAGGAUUCCAGGGAAAGAUAAGAGAAAGAUAUGCUGCGGUGUCAGUCUCUUGAUGAUGGUGAUGGGUUUCCUGACCUGGAAGAAGAUGAAGACAUUGAUCAGUUUAAUGAUGAUACCUUUGGAGCCGGAGCAAUUGAUGAUGAUUGGCGUGAGGCACAUGAGCGCUUGGCAGAGAUGGAGAAGCUUCCCGCUUCCGAUAUUUUUUCACGCAGUAUCGCCUCCUCCAACAUAUCCCCUCUUGGGGAUGAACAGGAAGAGUUGGAGCAUAGCUUGAGUCAGCUGGUGAAGGAGAAUGAGGAACCAGCCUUGCCCUGUGGAACACGCACACAGCUUUCCUCAGGGAUGAAUUCUUGUAUCUGGGACAAUGCCUCUGGCCUGCGACCUAUCAGGGGGCCACUUCUAACAGAGGAUAUGAGUCCCCUAUCCAUCCUGCAUGAAUAUGGUCUUGCACCAUUGUCACAUCUUGGCUCUGAUGAAAGGGGCAGGGAUGCCUCUGAAAGAGCCCUUCCUCGACGUUCAACUUCCCCCGUCAUCGGGAGUCCACCUGUGGUUGCUGUGCCAAUUGGGACUCCUCCAAAACAGGGAGUGAGCCCUGGCUUCAGUCAGCAGCAGGUUUUGUGCCCAAAUCCAAUUCACAUUAGAGCUGCCUCAUCAACCUUCAGCAGUCACCCUGGCAAACCAGCUUCAAUCUUGAGACACCCAUUUUCUUCUGCCCUCUCUCCACUUCAAAGGACCCAGCUAGUAGGCGGUACACAGACAGCAGCUGGCAGACUGUCACCAAGCCAGUUUACCCGUGUCUCAGGACCUCAUGGACCAUCAAUGGCCCCUGUUACACCGAAGCUUUUGCAGGGGCACAUAGGGCAAAUGGUAGGCCAUGGGGGUGGUGGAUUUCAUCCACUUUUUGGUGUUCCUUCUCCUGCUGCACCAGGUGUUCACCUCAAGAAUUUAAGAUCCCAAACUCAGUUCCACCCGGACACCACUCACUUGCACCCUCAACACAGACGACUUCUCCACCAGCGUCAACAAAACCGCAAUCAGCAUCGUGGUGUAAAUGGUACUUCAGGGGAUCGUUCCUGUCGGCCCUCACACUCAGACUAUCAUAAAAAGGAUCCUUAUGCAGGACUUAUGCUUCAAAGGGAGAAGGAGUGGGUCUGCCGAAUCCAACUUCUUCAGCUACAGAGCACAGACCCAUACCAUGAUGAUUACUACUAUCAGAAUUACUUUGAAAAGUUGGAAAAGUUAUCUGCCUCACAAAAUGAGCCCAGUGAAGGCCCCAAGAAGGAGCGCACAAAACUUAUUACACCUCAAGUUGCUAAACUGGAACACGCAUAUAAACCAGUGCAGUUUGAAGGCUCUCUUGGAAAGCUAACUGUCUCAAGUGUAAAUAACCCUCGAAAGAUGAUUGAUGCUGUUGCAACAUCUCGCACGGAUGAAGAUGAGAAUCGGGAGAAGCAGGUUAGAGACAAAAGGCGCCAGACACUUGUUGUCAUUGAAAAGGCAUUCUCUGUUGUGCUGGAACUGGAAGACUUUGAGCGUCGUUUUUCACUGUGCUGUGAAAAUGAAGAGAGAGAGGCCCUGGCUGAGCAACGUAAACUAAAACUCCAGAAGCUGUCUGAGAUUCUUGGAAUACGAGGAGGAGGAGACAGAGCGACAGAUGAACAGUGUGUCCAGAUCAUGUGCAUAAGGAAGGGAAAACGUAUGAUAGCUCGUAUCCUGCCUCUUUUGCUGGUUCAGCCGGCCACUGCUCUGCUCUGUACAAUAGCUCAUAACUUGCCUUUCCUCAUCAAAAAGGAUGCACAGGACCAGGUUUUAAUAUAUUUAGCUGGUCCUUCUGCCCUUGUGCUUAAUCAACUGUCGCCAGCUGCUCUUUUGUCUGUACUGCAGAGUCUAUGUGGUUCUGGUAUAACCCCUCUUCAGCAGCAGCUUUCAUCUGUGUUACAGAGUAAGUUUGGACUCACUCUGCUGUGCCAGAUUCUGGAACGAGGUGAAGAGCUUUUACGCUCUGCUAAUUCUACAGUAUUUAACCAAACUCAGUGGUCUACUCUGGUUGUGCAAAUUGCUCAUUGCCUCCUGCAGAUUCCAGUACAUACUCCGUCGCGGGCACUCUGUUUACCAGACACUGCUUUGAUUCAUUUUUCACGAUAUCUUGAUACCCCAAACCUUAGCCAAUUGCAGUCUAAGUUUAGUGGAAUUUAAUCGUGAUUAUUCUUGGUAAUAAGUGAAUACUACUAAUUUACAUUUAAAUCACCAUAAAAAGGCUUUUUUCAUAGUUGGUUAACCAUAUGUAACCAACUAUUACCAUAAGUAAUGACAUCCAAGGCUGCUUACCGGGGAGCUCUCGCACAUUUUUUUUUAUUUUAUUGAUGUCAGAUUAAAAAAUGUUUUCAAAAA